AUGGCACCCCCCGCUGCAACCCCCCAAACCAACACCGUCCUCGACGAACUCGACAUAACCCCCCACCCACGUCCCUUCAAGAACCCAAGCUGGAAGACGCCCCACCGGCGCACGAAAACGCUCAAGCAGAUCCUCUCGGAUGCGACGCGCACCGCGGCCGCUGGCGAGGGGGGCACAGCGCCGGCAGGGCCGAUGCAAACGACGUACGCGAACAUCGAGUCGGCCCCGUCGCUCCACCCCGCCCACUCCAAGAAGUGGUGCGAUGUCACGGGCUUGCCGGCAAAGUACACGGAUCCGAAGACGAAGCUUAGGUAUGCGGAUAAGGAGGUUUACGCCGCUAUACGGAUGCUGCCGCCCGGCAGUGCGGAGAGGUAUUUGGAGUUGAGGGGGGCGAAUGUCGUGCUCAAGUGAGUGGGGGGGCUUGCGGGAGGGAAGCAUUGUAUGAUAGGGGUGUGGAUGUUGGUGUCGAAUUCGCUGGCGCUACGAAUGGUGGGGUUGUUGGGACCUGGGGGGGUGUUGGCAAUGCGGUAGUGGGCAGUGGCCGCGGUGGUUAG